AUGCGUGCGGAUGCAUGGUUUAACAGAGGCGGGGGUGCAGGAAGGGCCGUUGUUUUCUCGUGCUACUUCAACAAGAAAGUCGACCCGCAACGAGGGCAGUUUUUGGCCGACGAUAACUUCAAGUACAUUGAGAAGUGGUAUCUCAGUGUAGUGGAGAAGGACCUGUACGCGGUGAUCUUCCAUGACGGAUUGAGCAGUGAGUUUCUGCGGAAGUAUAGCACUAUGAAGAUCACUUUUCAUCACGUGGCUUUGGGAGAGAGAUCGACGAAUGACGAGAGGUUCUUCUUCUACUACAAGUACCUCAGCGAGCACCCGGAGAUCACUGCGGUGGUUAUGACUGACAUCAGUGAUGUGGUUAUCCAGAACGAUCCGUUUGAGUUCAUGAUGCUGACGGGCGACUACAUCUACGCCGGACGCGACUAUGGCAACAAAAUGGAAGACAAUGGUUGGCUUACCCCGCGCGAACGUGUGUGCUUUGUCAAGGGUUUUGACAAAGAAGAGCACCGGCUGAUCAAGAAGAAAUCACAGGUAUACAACGCCGGCGUGGUGGGUGGGUACACUGAUACCAUGAUCGAGUUUUUGGGUGAGAUGACGUAUUAUCUAUCCCUUUGUCCCAUCAAGUUCAACUGUAACAUGCCGGUGUAUAACUUCGUCUUGCAUCGGAGUUUUGAGACGCGGAUCUUCUCUGGUUUCCCGUGGAACAGCCGGUUCUUUAUGAAAGAGAAAGAUCCUCUCGGUGUGUACAUCAUACACAAAUGAGAGGUUUAAGGGUUUGUAGGGGUUUUAGGGUUUAAGGUUUAGUUGGUUUUCCGUAGAACAGUCAGUUCUUUAUGAAGGAGAAAGACCCAUUUGGUGUGUACAUCAUACACAAAUGAGAGGAUUUAGAGGUUUGGCUCCGACGGGUUUCUCUGUAAGACCUGGCGUGAGCCACUCAAGCCAGGUCACCUGUCAUUGAGGACAGGACACCUACGGCGCAAACGAAAUUUUAUUUCCGCACCUUGCAGUAUACAAAAACCCUAGAAACGUUCAGUCUAGAAACGUUCAGUACACACACAGUCGGGUAUCAAUUCCACAUCGAGCUUCACUCGCUAUCUAGCCCCACGUUACUGUGCACUUCGCACAAAGAAGUUUGCGCAUACAUACGAGUAUGGGGAUGAGUCGGAUGCUAGUCAGGGGGAAUGAUACAAAACGCACAGUCAGCGAAAUGAGUGCAAUACGCAUGACAUAUAACUGAAUCGAGAUCAUGGGAGUGGUGAACUUUCGUGUCAAGGGGACAUACGAGUGGGCCGGCAUUAAUAUGCUGGGUCUGCUAUUACCACUAUUUGCAUCAGUACGGAAAGACCUUGUCGUAUCGAGACGUAGUAUAUAAGCUAGGUUGUUACAGACACAUACACGGCUUGUUGUUGCGGAUGCAUGUGUGACCUGCUUGUAGCAUACACACAUAUCACUGCUAUGCACGACGUCGCCCACACACAAGUUCUGUAAUAUGUGAAGGUUACCAUAUCAGAAAGCCACACAGACAUGUCUCUCGCAUUGGUCACAUCCGCCUACCUACAGUAUAUGCCUACCUACAGUAAAUGCUUAUCUGCAGUAUAUACUACGCACAUAUCUUUCGCGGAUGUGCUGUGUAAAAGGUCACAAAUCGCUGCAAUCAUUUGCCAUCGGAGGAUUUCGUUUAGUAGAUGAGAUAUCGUGCAUGAAGUUGCCUCGAAGUCGUAGGAGACGCACAUGAGAAUGGGGAGGUUAUACCUUUGUGUUUGGGGCUUUGCAGUCUAUGACCACAAUGUCACCGAUAUCGUGAUGCGUACAUAGAUAUGUAUGGUGUUAAGGUUCCGCGAUACGGCUCUGUUGCGGUGCACACCUUAUGCCGGAAUUGGGACUUUAGACACUUUAGACCAGAGAUGUAGCUGUGCAUAAACGCAUAGGAAGUGUCUUUGUGAGCGCAAGUAGCAGGUGCAGAGCAUUCGAGAAUACACUGGAGGCGAACAUAAUCCAGCCAUCUGCGAGUAUCUGCUCUCUGCACUAUAUCUCAUUUGAGGAGUGCACGCGAUAUGGAUACUCACAAAAACGUGAUGGGUGUGUUGUCAAGCAAGCACGUGACAACCUUUGUUGUUGAGUAUGGGUUGUAUUCGUAAAUGGCCACUUGAGAGUCGUGUGCGGAAUGAUACACAGCCAGGCUUGAGUAGUACACUCCGUCUUCUCACAGCCCGUAGAUAGUUCGGUACAAGAAGGAUUCAUUGAGUGGCUCGAAUCGCAUACGGUGGACCAGCGGCUGCUUGUAAGGGGGACAAAAGAACAUGCGCGUACGUACAGGAAUGACUGUGCGAAUACGACCGCAGGCAAUGUGCGACACUAAAUAAAGCAGAGCACCCUACUGCCAUGGUGGAUGUUGCUUCGGGUUGUUGGCUGUACUCGGUUAUGUGGUCACUUUUAUU